GAGAAACCUUGCAAAUGUAAUGAGUGUGGAAAGGCUUAUAUGAAGCAGUCCCACCUUAGACAUCAUAAGAGUAUUCAUACUGGAGAGAAGUCAUACAAAUGUACCAAACGCAGCAAGGCGUUUAAACAAUGGGCAGACAUCAGGAUUCACCAAAAAAUCCAUGCUGGAGAGAAACCUUACAAGUGUGAUGAGUGUGGAAAAACCUUUACCCAGGCCUCUCACCUCACUAUACAUCAGAUCAUCCAUACUGGAGAGAAACCAUAUGAAUAUGAUGUAUGUGGCAAAGUCUGCAGUCAAAAUUCACAUCUCCAAAGUCAUCGUAGGAUUCGUACUGGAGAGAAGCCUUACAAAUGUGUGUGUGGCAAGGUCUUCGGUCAAAAUUCACACGUUGUAAAUCAUGGGAGAAUUCAGACUGGAGAGAAAUCCUACAGAUGUCAUGAGUGUGGCAAAGCCUUUACUGGAGACCUACACUUCAUUAAUCAUCAGAUAGUUCACACUGGAGAGGACCUUCCAAAUGUACUGAAUGUAGCAAGGCUUUUAAGCAUGGCCCUAAACUCAGGACUCACCAAAUAGAUCAUACUUGGAAAUGCAAUGACUGUAGCAGUGUUUUAAAAGUAGUGCUCACUACUCAUUACAUAUUAGUAUCAAAUAUAUCUUGGGGCAAAGGCACAAAAAUGUAAUUUGUGUGACCAGGAUUUUAUCUGAGGAUCAGAAGUUGGGGAACAGAAUAAUUUGUACUGGGGAGAAACCUUAGAAAUCCAAUGAGCAUGGGAAAAACUUUCCUAUCAGUUCAGGUACUACAUGACAUCAGAGAGUUCAUAUUGAAGAGAAACCAUGUAAGUACAAGGUAUGUGGCAGAGGCUGUAUUCAGGCUUCACAGUGCACUGGACAUCAGAGUAUACAUCUUUUGCUGGGCGUGGUGGCUCACGCCUGUAAUCCCAGCACUUUUGGGAGGCUGAGGCGGGCGGAUCACCUGAGGUCAGGAGUUUGAAACCACCCUGGCCAACAUGGUGAAACCCUGUUUCUGUUAAUACAAAAAUUAGCUGGGCGUGGUGGUAGGUGCCUGUAAUCCCAGUUACUCAGGAUGCUGAGGCAUGAGAAUUGCUUGAACCUGGGAGACAGAAGUUGCAGUGAGCUAAGAUCGUGCCACUGCAUGCCAGCCUGGGCGACAGAGCAAGACUCCGUCUCAAAACAAAAAAAGAGUAUACAUCUUUUAGAGAAAUCACACAAAAGUAACAUGCAUGCUAAGGCUUUUUUUUUUUUUUUUUGAGACAGUCUUGCACUGUUACCCAGACUGGAGUGCACUGGUCCAAUCUCGGCUCACCACAACCUCCGCCUCCUGGAUUCCAGCAAUUCUGUCUCAGGCACCCAAGUAGCUGGGACUACAGGUGCACGCCACCACACCUGGUUAAUUUUUGUGUGUUUUAGUAGAUACGGGGUUUCACCAUAUCGGCCAGGCUGGUCUCAAACUCCUGACCUCAUGAUCCGCCUGCCUUGGCGUCCCAAACUGUUGGGAUUACAGGCGUGAACCCUUUCACCCGGCUCAUGCUAAAUCUUUUACCCAGUGGUCAAAACUGGCACAUCACAGGAUUUAUACUGGAGAGCAACCUCACAAAUGUAAUGAAAGUGGUAAGACUUUUUAUCAAAUGUCCUUGUCUUUGGGGUCAUGAGAAAAUUCAUACAGAAUCUAUUAAAAAUGUACUAAACAUGGAAAGACCUUCAAGCAACAGUGAUGUAAUGAAGGUGGUAGUUUUUUAAACCAACACCCACAACAGUCUACACAUAGAAUUCAUACCAGGAAUCACAAAGUCUCUAAUUUUCCAAAAUUAACUGGAAAUAUUACAAACUGCAGAAUAGUUCCAGGCCAAAAUAUGUUAAAUUCAUAACAUGAUGUAUACAUCGAAGGAAAAAGGGACAUGUGGAAAUGACACAUUCGUGUAUAAAAUAGUCAUUUAUGUGAAGUUUCUUGGAAAGGCUGCACUACUAUUAUUGGUUUCCAUCUGAAGUUUGAGAUCUGUCGAUUUUAUGCUUUUCUUACAGGCCUUUCAUUAUGGUCUUUCGGAAGGAAUCAAUAAAAUUAUAGAGCCUACUUCAUUAGGUGUGGUUCAUUCCUAUUCAUGCUCCCUGGAAAAACAAGAAUGUUGAAUUUUAAAAUUUAACAUUGUACGAAUUAGCGUCAGGGAGAGGUGGAGAAUAAUACAAAACUAUAAGUCGUGCUUACUGUGUUCAGGGUGCCCUUCUCCAGAGGGCCACUGGCUUAUAGGAAAGGAUUGCUGCUCUACCAGUUGACCAUGAGAUGGCAUGCCAGGACAUUAAGACACUGGGUUUUUGUUUGUUUGUUUUUUGAGAUGGAGUCUCGCUCUGUUGCCAGGCUGGAGUACAGUGGUGUGAUCUUGACUCACUGCAACCUCCAUGUCCUGGGUACAAGUGAUGCUCCUGCCUCAGCCUCCCAGGUAGCUGGGACUACAGGCUUACGCCACCACGCCCAGCUAAUUUUUGUAUUUUCCAUAGAGACAGAGUUUCACCAUGUUGGCCAGGAUGUUCUCAAUCUCUUGACCUCGUGAUCUGCCCACUUCAGCCUCCCAAAGUGCUCAGAUUACAGGCAUGAGCCACUGUGCCCGACCGACACUGGGCUUUUUAUGAGACUGAUAGAUUACUAGGACCUGAUUGUGUGGUAGAAGUAAUGUAGGGGCAAUGGCAAUCAUCUUCUUUAAAAAGCAAUAGCUGUUGUAUAUCAAUGAUUAAUGAAAAAUUAGUUAUUCUUGUAAAUUGAAGAAAGAAUGGUUAUCAUAGAGGGUAGUUCAAGUAAAAGAACCAAGACUGGGCAUGGUGGCUCACGUUCUGUAAUCCCUGCACUUUGGGAGGCCAAGGCAGACAGAUCUCUUGAGGCCAGCAGUUUGAGACCAGCCUGGCCAACAUAGCAAAACUGUCUCUACAAAACGUACAAAAAUUAGCCGGACAUGGUGGUGGAUGCCUGUAAUAUCAGCUAUUUGGGAGACUGAGGGGAGAAUCACUUGAACCCCGGGGACGGAGGUUGCGGUGAGCCGAGAUCACCACCCUGGGCAACAGAGUGAGACUGCCUCAAACAAAAACAAAACGAGACAAAAGAACUAGAAUAGCGUGUGCAUGUGUACAUAGAUGUUUCACAACUGGCAUGUUUUACUACUGUUUUAUUUAGAAUGUAUCACACAUUUUAUGCUUUAAUUAAUAAAAUGUAAUCAUAACUUUUAAUGA